UGCGCGAAGCGCUUUUUGCUUGUGACUUGCCCUACUGGACUCAAAACUGAUAGCGACGCUAGCAUAUUUUAUGCCCUUCAUCUCACAACAGGGAGGAGAGAGGAGACGUUGUGGUUGGAAUCAAGAAUCGAGAGCAUUCAAAUUCGCGAUAGCACAUGCCGCCUUCACCACUUUCUUCUGGUGCCGGCGCAGGUGUGGGACAAAGGACGACGGCGAGGAUGAUGUUUCAGAUGAGCCACCACCACGCCUGCACGUCUUGGCCACCACGUCUCCUGCCGCGCUCACCGCAAAGCCCGUCAUUCAGCACGCAAAGCUGCUCGAAGUGCCAUGCAAGCCCAAGCAAGGCUGGCCCUACGUUGCCCGCCAGAACGCUUGCUACUGCCACGCUGCGUGAGCCUCAUGUCGCGGCUCAUCACUACGCAGCCAAGCGGUCCUUCUCUAGCAGCGCUUGGCGACGUUCCACAACCCCAUCAUCAGUCUCUGCCCACCUCGAUGCUAGGACAGCAAAGCUUUCCCUUUACCUCAU